AUGUCGAGUAAUAGUUCUUGGUCUAACAACGAUUCAUAUCAACUGAGGAACGAUCCUAAUAAUGGUAAUAACCCCAACCCACAUACAAUGUCCCAACAGCACUCGCAAUCUGUAAAUAUUCCCGCUCAUUUGUUGCCUCAAGCGUUUAUAGAACAACAACAACAACAACAACAACAACAACAAUAUCAACAAGACAGCGAAACUCAUAACAAAAACCCUCCAACCAGCAAUCGUUUUUAUCAAUCACCUCCCCACCAACAACAACUGCGUCAACAAUACAACUCUUCUAAGCAGGAACAAAUGCAACAACCUUACCCAACUUCUGCACAAAACAAUCAACAUUACCGCCCUCCAACACAGGAAAGGUCAUAUAGUUUUUCAUCGACUAUGGAUCCUGGUUCACCUAGCCAAAUAAUGCCACCUAAUUUUUCACAAAGGAACCAAUCGUUUUCUGGUUAUCAACAACAGUAUCCACCAUCUCCCAACAGAGCAUAUAGCCAACAAACACACGCUCACCAAGGUGGACUUCAACAACCAUAUGUAGCACAAAGACAACACACCUCAGCUGGUUUCAAUCAGAAUCCGUACUCUCAGCAAAAUAGAUCAGUAUCUUCUUUGACUCAAGAUCGGACAGGAGCACCCGUACAACACCCUCCUUACCCUGUCAGCAAUGAUGAUUCUGGAUAUCAACUACAACCGCUGGCUCUUCAAUCACAACAUCUACCACCACAACAGCAACAGCAACAGCAACAGCAACAACAGCCCCAUCCUCAGACACGUAGACAGCUUCGUAAGGCUCCUUCAAGCAAUUUACCCCCCAUUCAAACUGACCAAGUUUACUAUGGCCCUGAUGCCCGAAGAAUUGUUUCCACACCAACACACCAACAAAAUUUUCCUACUCCCAUACCACAUGAAGCUAGAACUAAAUCACUUACUUCGGCAUCAUUGAAGCAUCAGAAACAACCACUGCAACUGCAACAGUAUUACCAACAAAUCUCUGAACUGCCAGGUAAAGAUAGCAACGCUCGUAGUUCUUCGAGUAGUUCACUUCAUCACACUUUUUCCUUAACUUCAAAAUCACGAUCAUUCACAUCCAUCAGUAAAUUGUCUUCGUUAUCAACUAAGAAAUUUGGUUCGUCUUCUUCUGUCAACACCAACAAAUUAGAUCGUUAUCAAUCAAGUGGAACUAUUAGAAACAAUCACAACCAUACAAACCAUACGAACCACAACAUCCAUUAUGCUAAACCAUCUGUGUAUCCGGCAAUAUUGUCUGAAGUAGCCAAAUUAUUCAAAGAGGCGAUUAUUUUGACUAUUAACACCAAGGAUGGUUUAGAGUACCACGAUACUUUUACUGGGAAAAUGGCGGUUGACAUCUUAUGUCGUAUUAUUCGAACAAACGAUCGUAAUUUGGCCUUGUUAUUGGGAAGAUCAUUAGACGCCCAGAAAUUUUUCCAUGAUGUUACCUAUAAUCACAGAUUAAGGGAUUCGGUACAUGAAAUUUAUGCGUUUAACAAUGUUUAUAACGAUGUUGAUUUUUACAAUGAAGAAAAUGGAGGUGGUGGUCUGACUAGUAAUGGAGAAAAUAGUGCCUUGAAUUCAAAACAUGGGUCGUUUCUUGACAGCAGUACACAAUUACAGAAUGCUUUGAAUGACCAUAUAUCGGAUUAUCACACUUCACAAAGCAGUGGAUCAUUAACCAAAGUUGCUAGUAGUGCCACUGGUAACGGCUCAGCAAGUGUUGCAGGUAAGGAAUUGAGUGCAAGUCAACAAACAGGUGUUAAUGGAGUUUUCACUAUUUUGACAGAGUGUUAUUCGCCUACAUGUAGCAGAAAUAGUCUUUGUUACAGUAUUGCCUGUCCAAGAAGAUUAGAACAACAAGCUAGAUUAAAUUUGAAACCCCAAGGUGGUUUGCAACGUGCAGUUUCAAAAUUAUCAUUACAUGAUCAGGAAGAAACUGAAACUUUAUGGCACAAGACAGUACCUCAAUCGGUUUUAGAUAAAUUAGACAAACAUGAAAAGACUCGACAAGAGUUGAUUUAUGAGUUUGUUUACACUGAACGUGACUACGUCAAGGACUUGGAAUUCAUGACUGAUUUCUACAUUAUGCCCUUACGGAAUCCCGCCAAUAAUAUUAUUCCUGAUUAUCAAAGGGAAACCUUUAUUCAAACUGUGUUUGGGGGAGUACCCGACUUGUUGAGAUUGGCCAAGAGGUUCAGUGAGGCAUUAACCCGAAGACAACAACAACAAAAGCCUGUUAUUGAGACCAUUGGUGAUGUCUUUUUAGACUAUGUUGGUGAUUUUGAACCGUUUGUGACCUAUUCUGGAAACAAAGUGUUUGCCACUUUUGAACAUGAGAGACAACAACAAGUUAACAUGAAAUAUGCGAGAUUUUUAGAUGCAAUUGAAAAGAAACCGGAAUCAAGAAGACAAGAUUUGUCAUCAUUUUUGAUUAAAGGGGUUCAAAGACCAGCAAGAUACCAAUUAUUGUUAUCUGGAAUUUUGAAGCAUACCAAACCGGAGUCACCCGACUACAAGUACUUGACAAAAGCAAAAGAAGAGAUUGAGAAAUUGUUAGUGAAAAUCAAUAUUCAAACUGGAGAAUGUACUGACCGACACAAAGUCAUGGUUUUACAUAGGUUAUUGGGGAAACAAACUUUGGAAAACAGGUAUAAUUUCAAAUUAUCCUACAAUAAUCGUAUUAUCUAUCAGGUGACUUUGAAUAGAAAGAGGGAUAACGAAAAGAUCGAUCUAUACUUGUUUGAACAUGCAUUGUUAUUAGUGAAACACAAGAUUCAAAACAAGCGUGAACAACAUAAAGUGUUUGAAAAACCAAUGUAUUUGCCAUUGCUAUUUGUUAAUAGUGGUAUGGAAAUCCCCACCAACAGAUCAAUCAUGCCUCAUAGAUAUCAUGGAUCAUUGGUUUCCGACACCAGUAUAAGACCCCAAAGAGCAGAAUCUAACUAUAUUGGUAAUACUUUGAAUUCUUCAUCAACACCUAAAUUCCAAUUGAAUUUUCUCGGUUUAGGUAGUAAUCAAGUCCAUGCCUCAUUGUUUGCUGAGGAUUUGACUAUUCAGAACCAAGUGUUGCAACAAAUAUCGACACAGCAAAAGAAAUUAAUUGAUGCCAAUGAUAUAUUUUCAUUGUGCAAGUUUGAAACGAGAAGAUUCACUGGGAAUAAUAAAAUCAAUUGUGCUGUUCCUUGUUAUGGUGGGAAGAAAUUGUUGUAUGGUACUGAUUCAGGGGUAUGGGUCAGUACUGUUCGUUCAAUUAGUGCCACGUCUAAUGAAAAAAUCUGUAGUGAUCCCACCAUGGUUAUUUCCAAAACUUAUGUCACUCAAAUUGAGGUGAUUGUUGAGUACUCCAAGUUGUUAGUGUUGAGUGAUAAAUCGUUAUAUGAAUUUGAUUUAUCUUGUACUGAUUCCUUGGACCAUGUGAAGAAUACCAAACUGGGUAAAUUACUUUUGAGUCAUGUGUCAUUUUUCAAAGUUGGUGUUUGCGAUGGUAAAUUGUUGGUGAUUGGUGCUAGAACGGGCAGUCUGCACUCUAUUUGUAUUUUCGAGCCAGUUAAUCCGUUUGACAAAUCCAAUAAAAAUAAAAACAAGAGAUUAGAAAUUCAAGAAAUCAAUUUUAGUUCUGACCCAAUUUCCAUUUCAUUUUUAAAGACUAAACUUUGUGUUGGGUGUGCUAAAGGUUUUGAAAUUUUGUCUUCUCAAACGGGAACCAAAGAAUCGAUAUUAGAUGAAGCAGACCCUUCAUUAGAUUUUGCCACACAAAGAGAAAGUGUGACACCAUUAGCAAUUCACCGAUUAGGACGUGAUUUCUUAUUGUGUUAUUCUGAAUUUGUAUUUUUGAUCAAUCGAAAUGGAUGGAGAACAAAUCACGAUUGGGGCAUAUUUUGGGAGGGUAAUCCCCAAAAUGUGGCGAUUUUCUUCCCUUAUUUGUUAUCAUUUGAACCAGGAUUUGUUGAGAUUAGAGAUUUACAUACAACUAAUUUAUUGAGGGCUUUAACGGGAGAGAAUAUCAGGUUUUUGCAUUCUAAUGAACAUGAAGCUAUGUUUGCUUGUGAAGAAAAUGGUUAUGACAUCAUUAUUUCAAUCGAUUUCUUAAAUUUGAAACCAAGAUCCCCAACAUAG